AUAAGAGAUUAAAUAAAAAAACUUAAAAUUGCAAAUCGCAAUGACACGCGUUCAUGACUCGACGUCUUGCACAGUCGUACUUAUUAACUAGUGCUACAGCCAGUACCGAUACCGAAAUUCUGCCUGUGCGAACUAGGCGACUAGGCCCUAGGGGUCCUGGCCCCCGGCCAAGUAACAAAAAUAUGCACACAAAAUGGAUCAACACGAAGAGAUAUUUCGUGUAUAGAAUCAUAGACCUAUAAAUUAAUUUUUUAAGCAAACUUAAAUACAAGAAACCAUUAUUCAUUGAGCACGAGGUUGAUAUGAAUGAUUUUAUUAAUUCAUCAAUCAGUUAUUUAAAAUCAUUACAAAGCAAAGAUCAAUUAAAUAUACUCACAUCUCCACGUAUAACAAGUUUUAAUAGACUCAUUGUGUGUCAAAGUAUGAGUAAAUUAUUUGAUAGCGUAAUUAAAACUGGACAAAUAAGUUUUAUCCUUUCAUACAAAAUAUCACAGGACCAUCUAGAAAUGCUGUUUUCUGCAAUUAGAUCAAGAGAAGGUUUUAAUAAUAACCCUACAGGGCAACAGCAUCACAAUUUGAAGCCACUUACAAAAUAUUACUGGUUCAUACUGAAUUGUCAGUUUCUACAAAUGCUAAUUGCGCCCUACAAGACUCAAUCACUAUUUUAAACGUUUCUAGAGGUAAAAAGGCAAUAAAAGAAAAUUUCCUGGAUAUUCCAUGCGUAGAGGAAGAGGAAUGUUUCACUAAUGAAAAUGAAGAAGAUGA